AUGAAACUCAUUGUCGCUGGAGCUACUGGUCUGGUGGGCAGAGAGGUCAUCCGUCAGAGUCUGCAGAACAGUCAGGUCACCCAGGUUAUCGCACUUGCCCGGAAGCCCGUUCAGGUCGAAGACGACGUUGAUUCAUCUAAGCUGAAGAGCGUUGUCAUUAGUGACUAUGAGGAGUAUCCAGACCAUGUAAAAGCCGAAUUUGCUGGGGCUGACGCAUGCAUAUGGACUGUUGCGGUAACGCCUUUCAGAACGGGCAGCUUUGACUUUGCCGAGGUCAAACGCGUCUGUCACGAUUGCACUAUAGCAGGAUUCAAGGCCAUGUAUGAGGCUGGACCGGCGCGACCCUUUCGUUUUCUUUACUUCAGCGCCGAGGGGACACCCCGAGAUCCGACACAAAGACCGGUUUUUAAAGGCGACUAUCAAGUCAUGCGUUGCGAGACGGAGCUCAUGGUUCUCAAAUUUCCCCAGGAAUAUGAAAGGGUUGAGGUUUGCAUUGCUCAGCCCGGGGUAGUGACAAAUUCGACAACGUGGUCGAGGGCGACUCUGGGCGCCCUUUGUCGUGUUAUCAAUGUCUUUUGGCGAGUAUUCCCGACUAUAGACCGAGAAGAGCUCUCAAAAGCAGUAUUGAAUCAAGUAAUGCAGAGAUUUGACAGGGAAAGACUCUCUAAUGAUAGCCUAGUCCGACUGGGAAAGCCGGCUUUGUAA